CCCCCCCCCCCCCCCCAACUUCCUCCACGACAGCAUUUGGACUAAAGUAAGAUUCCCCUUUUCUCUUGCUACAAAUAUGAGAAUACACGCCCAGAUUUCUUGCACCUUAUUCUACCACUCCUGUGAUUUUUUCCACCCCAAGUUUGUGUUGAUUUGAUUUCUAAGCCUCCCCAAAACUUCACCUUGAAAAAGUAGCACACCAACUGGCCUUUUAAAUCGUUGUUUUCCCCUCUGAAAUUCCAUCCCUGCCAAGAACUAAGCUUGCUUUUCGUCACAGAGCGAUUGCUGCUCACAGAAAGAUCCAGGAAAUAUCGAAUUACUCUCAUCUAUCUCCAUCUCUACUGAUCAGGGGGAAUCUAGAGUUGCAGGAAUAGCUUUUUCCAUGGGUGAAGCACCAGCAUUCUUUGUUGAUGAGCUGCAGAAGGGAUUUGCAAAUGGUUUCGAUGUAAAAUCAAAAGGCGGUGAAACUUCCGUUGCCUACUGCAACAGAACAUAUGUGAUUGGUGGAGCCUGUGAGGAAUCGGCAUUGUCAAUUGGAGUUCGUAUUCUAGAUCAAUCCAGUGGUGAAUGGAUAAAUCCUACUGUGUUGGGAACAAAACCCAAGCCAUCGAAAGGCCAUUCAGCAGUGCUUUUAGGUGAAGACCGAAUAUUGAUUACCAAGAAUGGUUCCAGCGCAGACGAUUUUGCUUGGUUUCUUGAGGUGGACACCCAAUAUGUUAGGCAGCAGAAGAAAAUUUUGGGCACCGAGGUUGUUGCGUGGAGUAAGGGUGUGAGUGGCUGUUCUGAGAAGCCAGUUGUUAUUAGUGGUCCUUCCGGGGUAGGUAAGGGGACACUAAUAUCCAUGCUCAUGAAAGAAUAUCCAUCCAUGUUUGGAUUCUCUGUGAGCCACACAACCCGUGCUGCAAGAGCUAUGGAAAAGGAUGGGGUCCAUUACCAUUUCAUUGAGAGGAGUAUCAUGGAGAAAGAAUUAGAAGAUGGCAAGUUCCUUGAGUUUGCUUCUGUGCAUGGAAAUCUCUACGGAACUAGUGUUGAGGCAGUAGAACUCGUAGCAGAUGAUGGGAAGAGAUGCAUUCUUGACAUCGAUGUUCAAGGGGCAAGAUCCGUGAGAGCCAGUUCACUUGAAGCUAUCUUCAUCUUCGUAUGUCCACCCUCAAUGGAAGAGCUUGAGAAGCGCCUUCGUGCAAGGGGAACUGAGACAGAGGAACAGGUCCUAAAGCGACUUCGAAAUGCCAAGACAGAGAUUGAUCUAGGGCAGUCAUCAGGCAUCUUUGAUCAUAUGUUGUAUAAUGAUAACCUGGAAGACUGUUACCAGAGUCUAAAGGAACUCUUGGGGCUAGAUGGAACUGUCACUGCAGCUCCUAAAUCAGCAACUAAAGUGGUUGAUCUGCCAAUGGACCAUUCGUUGACCAAGAUUGAUAACAAAAUCAUCAUAAACUCCAGAACUCCAGAACUAGAAAAAGCAUCGACGAACAUGAUCGUGCUGGAUGUGUCAUCCCUCAAAGGAGGGGCGCCUGGACGGACUAGAGGACUAGACAUUCAUACCAUGGACUCAUUUCUAGAUGGUCUGUCCGGGAUUACUCACUGAGAUAAAGAUUUCAACCCCGAAAGACGCCAACUUUGAUUUCUUAUUCGUGCUUUCUUUUUCAUCUCUUUCAGUUUUAAUCUAAAAGAAAAGUGAUGGUAUAUGAAUGUGGGGAUCAUCCAUAAAUUGAAUUAUUUCUUUCCCAUUCUUUGUUUAGAAUAGAAAUGACUUGGGAUUCUGGCGCAGUUGAACGAUUACAAUGAUCCCCUGGGAGCAACGAGAGCUGAUUUAUGAUUUUGUGCGGCAAUUUAGACAUUGAACUAAGAAACCAUUAGUACGGAUGCCAUAAACGUUGAUCUCUAAUUUAGUUUGUACCUUACAUUUUCCAUUACUCAGUUUAUUAAACUCCUUGGAUUUGAUUGAGUUAGAGAUCUGGACACGAUUGAUUUGUGAUCACUAUCAAAUCUUCUCUAAUAUUCACUCGUUA